AUGCCAAAAGUAAUCCGACCGUUUCCUUCCCAAAUAAAUAGGGAAUUGCUGUUUAGUGGGGAGGGGGAAUAUCGUCGUCACUUAGCCGAACGAGGAAUUAACGAACAAAAGAUUGGGGAAGAAAUGAAAGCCGAAAUCCAGCAAGCCUGGGUUGAUGUGUAUGGUUCUGAAUACCACAAUUACAGUGAUUUAUCAGAUGAACUAGAACAUAUUGCUAGGAUAAGUUAUAAAGGUUUGGGGGUGUGGGAUGCCGUUACUUUUACUGACCGGAAACUUGCCAUAGUUAAAGAAGCCAACCAGAUUUUAAAAAACAUUUUUACUGAUAGUCUACGAGAUGUGCUAGCCAAAGAAAGAGAAGAAUUAACCGAAGAAGAAUUAGCCUUUAUCGCACAAUACCAACAAGCCGCAGAAAAUUACGACCGCGAAGAAUACGAGGUAGACGGGAAAAAGUUAAAAUAUCACACUUGGAAAGUCUUAGCCGAAGUUUAUCAAGCUCACGAGGAGGGGAGCGAGACUUUUACUCCCACUAGCAGAAGUUUAUUUUUCCCGGUUCUGGCCGCUAGUCCGGGUCUGGUCUUAACCACGGACGAUAGCGAAACUGAGGCUGAGCCUUAUAUAAUUGCGGACGAAGUACCCUCAAUCGCACAAAAUAAGGGAAAGGGCAACCAAACUACCGAAUCAACUGGGACUACUUUCGAGCAAUCUGCCGCAAAUUACGAUUUAUUAAGUUCAUUUAUUUUUUUUGAAGAAUCUCCAGAGAUAAAAAAACUUGUUACUGUCGUUAGGACUGAUGCCCAUUGGUUUCAAAACGAGAAAAAGUGUCAAGAAGAGGUGAAAAUUUUACAAACCAGGCCGGAGCCUAAAAUUGCUUCCAUGUUUAAAAAUCACAGUAUUAUUUUUGUUGAUAAUCCAAGUGCGAAUUAUGACCCAGACCAAAAAGUAAGGCAAAAGUCCCGGGCAAUCUUAUUAGAAUACUUGCAAAAUUGCCAAGAAAACUACCAACCAGACUGGGAAAGAAUUGCUUUUCGGUCUGCCAUUCGUUUUAAUUAUUUAAGAUUAAACGAAGGACAAGAAGCAAAAAUAAUGGAAGUAGUUGACAAGUUAAAGGAAAUUCCCGGUUCAUCAAUGGGAGAAAUCCGGAGCUUGCUCUCGGAAUUGAAAACCUUGGCUCCGGACGAAGAAAACGAGGAAGAGGAAACUAAAAAGCAAAUUAAGUUGAUAUUGCUAACUUUCCAAGCAGAACUUUUGAAGGUGGGGAAUUAUAUUGCUGAUUCCGAUCUUAACCAGCAAGAAUUAACUUUAGCCUUAGAAUUUUGCAAUGAAUUGCUCACAACUUAUCAGGAUUUUGCUCGCAAAUUCCCGCAAGCCUUUGCUGACAACAAUAUGGGAAGCGGGCAACAAACAAUGACCAAUCUUAAAGAAUUAGUUCAAAAACAAAUCCAAAAAAACAAAAAUCCUUCUCCUCCGAAAACGGCAGGAAUAAUACUAAUCAUAAUUGCAAUAAUAGGG